AUGCCCAUUCAACCAGGACAAAGCUUAACUUAUGAAGUUAUAUUUUCUGACGAAGAAGGAACACUUUGGUGGCAUGCCCACAGUGACUGGUCGCGUGCCACAGUCCACGGUGCCAUUGUCAUCAACCCGCCACGGGGAACCUCUUAUCCAUAUCAUACGCAGCCCGAUGGCGAGCACGUGCUUGUACUCGGAGAAUGGUACAAUGGAGAUGUCAUGAAAAAUAUCGAAUACGCCCUGAAAACCGGUGGUGAUCCAAACAUAUCAGAUGCAUAUGCCAUCAAUGGCUUACUAGGACCUUCAGAUGCCUGCCCCACUGAUGAAAGUUAUACUCUAUCAGUAAAAGACGGCAAGACAUAUCUUCUCCGUAUAGUAAAUGCGGUGAUGAAUGAGGAAAUGUUUUUUGGAAUCGCAGACCACAAGAUUACAGUUGUGGGACAAGAUGGUGCAUACAUAACGCCCAUAACCGACGUGGAAUACAUAAUGAUAACCCCAGGACAAACAAUGGACGUAUUGCUAACAGCAAACCAGGCACCCAGUUACUAUUACGUCGUUGCUACACCUUUCAUGGACGACAGUCGAGGUGCCCCAUUUGACAAGAACCACACUUCAGCCAUUCUUAUGUAUACAGGGGCUACUCCUCCGACCACUAUUCCCUCUCCGUCCCUUCCUGAUUCCGGCGACAGGGAUGCUGCAAGCAGCUUCACAAGUCAAAUAAAGUCAUUGAACCCGGUUGAUGUGCCGACAGUUAUCAACAAACACAUUUUGAUAUCAGUGUCUGUAAAACAGAUACUUUGCCCCGAGCACAAUUGUUCGGGUCCACAGAAUAAUAGACAUGCUGCAAGCUUGAACAACAUAACUUUCCAGAACCCAACCACUGAUAUACUUUAUUCAUACUACUGUGACUUGCCUUUGGACAAAGAUUUCCCGGAUAUGCCUCCCGUUCAGUUUGACUACACAGGGCCUGAUGCGGAUAAAUAUAAAAUCCCAAGCGUAGGAACCAAGGCACUUGUAACGUUACAAUCUCAUAUAGCGGAAAAACUGUAA